CCCCAAAUCGGACCUGGCUCUCUCUAUCUUCUCCAUCACGCUCACCGCCGCAAUCCUCUCUCUGUCCGUCUUCCCACCGGCUCCGGCGAGGCCGUAUCCGGCCGAGGGCGCCGCUCCUCGACUACUACCUCCCAUCAUCCAUUUUUCUCUCUCAAAAAUCACGGAUGAAGACUAAAGGGGAGCCCUAAUUUCCUCCCCAAAUCAGGAAUCGCCGCCGCCUGAGCCGAAAUCCGGCAACGCAGCGCCCUUCUCUUCGGCGUUGUCGAUGCCGCCAUGCCGAAGGCUUUCUCCUCCCCUUUCCCUUCCAAUUUUGAGCCCUAGUUUUCAUAGAAAGAAAUACCGCCGCCGCUACAACUGGAGGACCAGCGAAUGGUCGGGCUUCAUCCAUUCUCUUCCUCUUCUUCUCUCUGAAUCUGGCGCUGCCGACUGAGGAAUGUCGAUGAACGUCGUUCACUGCCAUGGUCUUCGAGAUUCGGGCGAGUGGUUAUCACCUCCGCUCUUUCGUUACCUCUCUCACUCACCCUCAUGAACAGAUCUCCCUCACACAUGAGGAGAAUAUAAACUGAGUCCUAGCUGUCUCUCGACUCUUUUGGCUGUCUUUUUGGCUUUGUGUUUGUGUGUGUGUUUGCCCUAAUAUUUUGGUUGAUUCUGGGCUGAUUUUGAUGGUUUUUAAAGGCAUAUGAAGCGGAAUUGGAGUCAAUGGCGGUGAGACUGGAGGAAGAAAAUGAUAUCAUGUUGAAAGAGAAGAUGCUUGCUUCCUUACAAAAUGAAAACAAGAUCUUUUUGUGUCAGGGUCCUUUCAACAAUGAGCAGGAGUUAGAUAGCAAGCAUGAAGCUGCUAAUGCGUAUGCUGAUGCAGCUCAUUGCUACAAAAAGUGCAAUAUACAAGAGUCAAUUUCAUGCCUGGAGGAAUCUGUAAAUAUCUUUCUGGAUAUUGGAAGGUUUAAUAUGUCUGCAAGGUAUUAUAAGGUAUUAGGAAGAUCAAGAUGGAGAUGAGCGCGAAGGAAGCCUUUGAGAGGUCGAUGAGGACUUUGUCGGAGUAGAUAAGCCAGGAAGUGAAUCGAAAUAUGUAAUGAUCUUAGAUACUUGAUACUUAGUUCAU